AUGGAAACCAUUGCCUCGCAGGUGGAGGCGCGCGUCAAGGGCCGCUACCUGGUUCUGGAUCUGAAGACUCGCCAGCUCAGCCUCACCCAGGAGGGCAUGCUGGUCAUAUUCAGCCUGAUGGUGGAUGAGGGGGUCCAGUUCCAGGCGGCCGCGGCGGAGGGGCGGCCGCCGGCACUUAUGGACAUGUGGGAGGACACCGUACCCUGGGGCCAGAUGGCCAUCACCGCGCUGAAGGCGUACCAAUUCUUCAAGGCGGGCGCGCAGUACAUCGUGCGGGACGGCCAGGUCGUCAUCGUGGACGAGUCAACAGGCAGGGUCAAGCCCAUCAGCAGAUACCAGGCUGGCAUCCACCAGGCCAUCGAGGCGAAGGAGGCAGUGGAGGUCAAACCUGAGGCCCGCGCCACAGCCAGCAUCACGUUCCAGGUAUUCUUUGGGUUCUACAAAAAACUGGCCGGGAUGACCGGCACAGCCCAAGCCGCGGCCGCCGAGUUUUUCGAGAGCUACAAGCUCAAGGUGGUCGCUAUCCCCACCAACCGCCCCCCGAGGCGCGUCGACCUUCCCCUCAAAGUCUACUUUGACCCCCAGGACAAGCACUAUGAGAUCGUGAGGAUCGUGAAGGGGUGCUGGCAGGCGCGGCGGCCGCUGCUCAUAGGCACCACAAGCGUCAACGAGAGCGAGACCGUGCUGCAGGUGCUGUACGACCUGCUGGGGGACGGCUGGUCGGACCAGCUGUCCAAGGUGCAGCUGCUCAACGCAAAGCCGGAGAACGUCAGGACUGAGGCGCAGAUCAUCGCGCAGGCUGGCCUGCCCGGCUCUGUCACCAUUGCCACCAACAUGGCGGGCCGCGGCACUGACAUCAUAUUGGGCGGCAACCCUGAAGGGCUAAGCCAGCUGGCGCUGCUGAGGCUCGUCUACCGGCGGCUACUGCCGCGGGCGACGGCGCCGAGGGCGCGGCCCGGCCACGAAGAGGACGCCGUCGCAGCCGCCGCCGCCGCCGGCGCGCUGGCCGUGCCGCACCUGCCCCUGGAUGUGUUUGAUGCAUACGAUGCGGACGACCCCUCCAGCAUCCUGCCACGCACGGCCGCCGCGGCGGGCGCGGGGCUGCCGCGGGACCUGCACAUGGCGCUGCUGGGGGCGCUGCUGCUCGCGCACACGCAGGGGCAGGGCGCCGCGGCGGACGCGCGUGCGGGCAACCCGCGGGCCCAGAGGUGA